AUGCUGAUAACAAGCUAAGGGAAAGAUCUCAAUUAGACGAAAGGAAUUUUUUUAAAUAUUAAAAGGAUAAAUAAUUUCAAUCUUAAUACAAUAUAUAUGAUUGUAAAAAUAGUCAAAGGAAUAAACCUAAUUAUGAAGAGAAACAAUUUAAACAAUAUAUUUAAGAACCUGAGUAUGAAAAAUAAACGAUUAGUAGAAUAAGAAAGAUAUGAGAAAGAAAGGAAUAAAAAAUCAUACAACCAACCUAAAUAACCAUAAGUCUUUAAAUAGCCUUUAGAUAUAGUAAAAUAAUUUGAUAAUUAAAAAAUGGAAGAUAAGGAGUAAGAAAAUAUCCAAUAUUAAUAAAAACAAUAAACUAAAUUAGAUGAUUCUAGUUUAUGUUAGAUUUGUUUUGAAUUUCCAAAGUAAUACGUGGCCUCUCCUUGUGGUCAUUUUAUCUAUUGUCACAACUGUAAAGAAUUAGCAUUAAAAUAGUGUUUAAUCUGUAGAGAACCUGUAUAAUUGCUAAUUAAGGUUUUUUAAUGA